AUGCCAACCUACCCUAUCCGCCGCCGGCCGCGCGAGUGCAAGACCUGUCUACCCUGCCGAGCAAGCAAAGUCCGCUGCGAUCGCAACGUCCCCUGUGGCAAUUGCACCAAACGAAACUUCGCCUGCUCCUACGGUCGUCCGUCAUCUGCAAAAGUUCCCCCUCCCGCUGUCGUCACAGCCUCCUCCACGCCAUCACAACAAUCUAGCUUUGUCUCUCCCACGAUCCCCCCAUAUCCCAACUCGGCUCCCACCCUCGAUGGCUCAUAUGCAACCGAUCAUCCCUCGACCGCCAGCGCGGAUCCGGAUUUACCGGACAUAAUUGAUAUCUCCCAGGCAGAAUGGGAUGAAAUUAACACCAAGAUGGCCGCAAUGGAACAAAUCAUCGGCAGUUUGCAUUCGCUAUUCCAGACACACUCGAAUCAUAAGCCGCCAGAACCAGAGCCAGAACCAGAACCCAUCGAACGGAAGAAUUCCAUUCGGUCGGAAGGUGUCUACGGGUCGAAUGUCUUGAAGACGGGCGCGGUUCAUCUCGGGUCGCGGUCGGCCCUGGUUGAUAUUUUGGAUAAAUCGAAGAGGUCGGAGGACACAGCGCAGGCGCUGCCCCAGGAUGAUCUUCUUGCUGAACUUGCUUUGGGGAAUGAGUCGGCUGCAUAUCCCUUUGUGGAUCUGUGGUCCUCCGACCCAUUCACAUUCAAUAUCGCCGGUGUCUGUGCGGUUCUUCCAGAAGACGCACGGUGCCUGGAGUUCCUGACGUUCUACCAGGAUAUAGGAUCAGUUUUAUACCCAGUACUGUCGGACACGACACAAUUAGUACGACAAACCAAGCGACUUCUUGAUAAUCGACGACGAGUGGGAGGUGUCUAUAAAGCCGAUGCCAAUGGAUUAGUGAAACCAUUUGGGAUGCCUUUGGCUUUUCUCAGUCUGCUUUUUGCAACCCUUGCAUCGGGAUGUCAGCUGUCUAGUAUCCCGGAAAGCGACCGCGAAUUGACCUCAUGGGUCUACGUUUCUUGUGCGUAUCAAUGUCUCCGGAUGUUGAAUUAUGUGUCGCAACCCACCGUAGAAGUAAUUCAGAUUCUUCUGAUCAUUAGCAAUGUUCUUUCAUAUAAUAUGAAUGCAGGCGCAUCAUACACUUUGCUUGGCAUGACCGAGCGAAUGUGUCUUGUCCUUGGGCUCCAUGUUGAGUCAACCGGGUUCUCAGUUGCAGAGCAGGAAGUGCGAAGGCGUGUGUGGUGGACAAUGGCGUUCCAGAACAGCCAUUUCUCGCUUGCCUAUGACCGACCAUCGAUCACCAUGGUCAGUCAACCGGAAAUUCCAUUCGAUCCCAAAUCAAUGCCGGGCCAUCGCUCAUAUUUUGAAACACUCUGUCGCAUUGUAUCCUUGGCGUUGGAAGUCCUGCGGUCCCGUAUGUAUCCCGGAUCGUCUCAGUUACGUAUCCAUGAGAUCCGUGAGUAUAAACAACAGAUCCAUCGGAUGCUCGCCGAAGCGACUCCACAUCUGCGGCAUCGAGACAAUUGUCGAUCGCUAGCGGAGCAUAUUGAGCGAACCGAAUUGCGCCUGCACUCCUCCUAUCUUCUCUCUGUCCUGUGUCGUGUCUCGCUCGAUCCACAUGCGCAUUUAGACGCAUCGCGUCGCGCAAUGAUUCGCGAAGACUGUAUCGGCAGUCUGUUCAACACGAUCGACGCAUUUGUUGAAUUGCACGAGAUCAAUUCCCACUGUUCACGGUCCUGGAUUAGCCUGCAGCGAAGCAUUGCCUCGGCCUUUUUGCUCGUGGCAAAUGAUGACAGCCCCCAGACCUGGCAGGUGAUAGAUAGGCUGGAGAUGGUUCUGGCGGACCAUGUCUAUGGAGACAGUGACAUGGACCAUAGCCGCACUGACUCGGCCAAGCAUCUUUCUUCGUCACUCCGUGCCCUGCGUGAGAUCCGCGAGGCCUUCAGCGCUCGGACGGGUAGUUCGACGGGCCAAACAUCGAGCAUAACAUAUUCGCCCCUUGUGUUGCCUUCUCCUCCUUAUCUUGCGCCCAGUCCCGAUAUGUCAUCAUUGGCAAGCACCGCCAGUACAGGUCUGCAACCGAUGGAAGGUGUGAGCAUACGGAAUAUCCUUGGUCGUGUUUCUGAUGUGAUGUUAUUCCCCAGCAUGAGCGGAAAUAACCCAGUAGUAUAA